UAUAAACGGCCUCCCCACACCCUGCUUGUGCGCGCUCGCCCGGGCAAAGUGAAACACAGAGUGAAACACCGAUCGUCGGAUGGGACCUCUGUACAAAGUCCCGAUCAUGUGAUCACUGAUUGGCCAAUCAGUGAUCACUUCCUGACAUCAUUGCUUACUACGUGUGAAAUCUGUGAAUGAUCACAGAGGUCACAUGGUACAAGGCUAUUCACAACAGCCUUGUACCAUGUGACAAGCUGUGACCAAUCACAGCUCACUCAGUA